CACCAAUUAAGGCAAUAAUUAAUAUUCCCAUCGUUCACUACUGCAAACAGAAUAGAAAAUUUAGAUACAAAAGACAAAGGCUGGAAACCUGCUCUUCACCAGUAUUUCAAAAAUACAAGUAGUGUAGAAUAGUUUCUACAAAAAUAAAAAUAAAAAUAAAAAAUACAACUGUAGAAUGUGCAUGCAUGUGUUUAUACGCUCCAAAAGUCGUAACCUCUCUCACCCUUUCCCCACUCUCUCUCUCUCUCUUCGCUGCUCUUUCUCCGGAUAACUGCUGACCCAAUUCUCCCAAAACAACCUCUUAGAAGGGCCUGACAUUUUCAUCACUACUUCUUGAAAAAAUGCAGAAGAAUCCCGUGUUGAUUCUCAUCGUGGUCAGCGUUGCAUGUUCUCUUUCCAUAAACCUGGUUUGCGGGAACGCAGAGCUGAAAGCGUUGAUGGAGAUAAAGGCGUCGUUGGAUCCGGGAAACAAGCGGCUCUCGUCGUGGACGGCCGACAGCGACCCGUGCGGCGGCGCCUUCCAGGGAGUGGCCUGCAACGAGCACAGGAAGGUGGCCAACAUCUCGCUGCAGGGAAUGGGCCUCGCCGGAAGCGUGCCGGCGGCGGUGGCGGAGCUCAAGUGCUUGUCCGGUCUCUACCUGCAUUACAAUUCCUUGAGCGGCGAAAUCCCCCGAGAAAUUGCUAAUCUCACCGAGCUCACCGAUCUCUAUCUCAACGUCAAUAAUUUAACUGGGAAUAUUCCGCCUGAGAUCGGAAGCAUGGCUAGUCUUCAAGUGCUGCAGCUGUGCUGCAACAAUCUGACAGGAAAUAUACCCACAGAGGUGGGAUUCUUGAAAAAGUUAAGUGUGCUUGCGCUGGAGAAUAACAGAAUAACAGGGCAGAUUCCUGGAAGCUUAGGAAAUCUAGGGAUGUUGAAGAGAUUGUAUUUGAACUCCAAUCAUCUCUCUGGGCCAAUUCCGAUCAGAUUAGCCAAUGUCGUUUCAUUACAAGUUCUUGAUGUUCGAAACAACACACUCUCUGGAGUUGUCCCUCUUGCUUUGAGGCGGUUGAAUGAAGAAUUCCAUUUCGAGAACAAUCCUGGUCUAUGUGGCUCUGGUUUCCCUUCUUUGAGAGCUUGCACUGCUUGGGACAACACGAAUGAGGCCGAUCCAACGGCCAACACGACGCCUGCAACGAGCAUACCGCGAUCAGCAGCUCUCCCGUUGAACUGCAGCAGCCACUCACACUGCUCUGGCUCCUCAUCAAGGCUGCUACAGAUAGGCAUUGUUGGCGGAGCCGUUGCAGUAACCCUCGCCCUAACCGUGGUAGCGUUGGUUUGUGCUGUCAAGUAUCGCCGCGCAAAGCAGAAAGUUGGGCACAAGUCAGAUGCCUGCGAUGAUCAUGUGCACAAGGUUGCUAUCAUGAGCCAUGCCUCUCCUCAUCAAGAACAUUGGCACGAGGCAUCUCCUUCUCACAAGUUCAAUCUGGAGGAGGUGGAAUCGGCUACUCACCAUUUCUCGGAGGCGAAUCUGUUGGGGCGGAGCAAGUUCUCUGCUGUGUACAGAGGAACGCUCAAGGAUGGAUCGGUUGUGGCGAUCAAGAGCAUCAGCAAGACGAGCUGCAAGACGGAUGAGGACGAGUUCUUCAAGGGGAUGAGCCUGCUCAACUCCCUCAGCCAUGAGAAUGUUGUCAAGUUGAAGGGCUAUUGCUCAUCCAAGGCUAGAGGGGAGUGCUUCUUGAUAUACGAAUUCGUGUCCAGAGGGAACUUGUCUCACUACCUUGAUGGUGAAGAUGAUCAUCAUAUCAUCCUUGAUUGGCCAACAAGAGUCUCAAUCAUCCACGGCAUUGCAAAAGGUAUAGAGUAUUUGCACAGAAAUGAGAGGAACAAGGGAGCCAUCAUCCAUCAAAACAUAUCUGUGGAGAAAGUGGUGUUGGACGAGCAGCUGAGGCCUUUGAUUCUGGACUGUGGCCUUCUGAAGCUGCUGGCGGACGACGUCGUCUACUCGGCGCUCAAGGUGAGCGCGGGGCUGGGGUACAUGGCGCCGGAGUACAUCAGCACGGGGCGGUUCACGGAGAAGAGCGACGUCUACGCUUACGGCGUCAUCAUCCUCCAGCUGCUCUCCGGCAAGACUGUGCUCUCAGGGGCCGUGAGGACGGCGGCAGAGUCGGGGAAAGUGGGAGAGUUGAUGGACGGGAGGCUUGAGGGGAAGUACUGUGAAAGUGAGGGUGCGCGGCUCGCAAAAUUGGCUUUGGAUUGCACCAACGAUGAUCCACAGAGUAGACCAACAAUGGCGGCGGUGGUGAGAGAGCUGCAGUCGUCAUGAACGUUUGAGCAUCAUAUCUCUCAUGUAUAAAUUAUGUUUGCGAUCAGCUAAACUAGUAUCAUUGUUAGUUGAGGCUAUGUCGCGCUACCUAGUACGAAAUAACUUCAAAUAUAGUUGAGAUAAAAGUAAUAAUUUCUAAA